AUUGCUGUUGUCCAGGUUGAGCUAACUUGUGUUGAGCUGUUUGGAAUGGCUGUUCAGCUGCAGUAGGUCUAUGUCAGAGGAGCACGGAAAGGACUCGCUGGAGAACAGUGAACAAAGGUCAUACUGAGCAGCUGACUGUAUACAAGCUGCAAUAUGUCAGAGGAGCGAGGAAAUGACUCGCCGUCUGAGAUGCGUCUCUCUUUAAAACAGAGCUCUGUGUCUGGUGGCAUGCCGAACUUCAGUGAGAACAAAAAGUCAUCUACCAAAAGUGUAGUAUCAGGCUCACUUGUAUCCAGCUCUGUGUCUGUGACGAGUGACCAAUCAAGACGUGAACCACUGAACUUCAGUGACAAAAAAUCACCAUCUGCCGGAAGUGUAGUAUCAGGCUCACUUGUAUCCAGCUCUGUGUCUGUGACGAGUGACCAAUCAAGACGUGAACCACUGAACUUCAGUGACAAAAAAUCACCAUCUGCCGGAAGUGUAAGAUCAGGCUCACUUGUAUCCAGCUCUGUGUCUGUGACGAGUGACCAAUCAAGACGUGAACCACUGAACUUCAGUGACAAAAAAACACCAUCUGCUGGAAGUGUCAGACCAGGCUCAAUUGUAUCCAGCUCUAUGUCUGUGAAGAGUGACCAAUCAAGAGAUCCACCACUGGACUUCAGUGACAAAAAAACACAAUCUGCCGGAAGAACAUUAGAUUCAGACUUCCAGACUCACAGUAACCACAAGAAUUUCAAAGACAAUCUCUUAGGGAUUUUCCAGGAGCUUGAGAACAAAAUAAUAAAUUUCCUGAAGAAUGAGCUUGAACGAUUUAGGAAAAUAUUACAAAAGGACGGCACACAAGAGAAAGACUUUGUGAAGGACUUUAAUGAGAAUAAAUGUAGUAUCAAAGAAGCAGCUCUUGAGCUCACACUCUGUUUCCUGAGGGAGAUGAAGCAACAUGAAGCUGCUGAUACUCUAGAAGAUGAUCUCAUUUUCAUUCAUCAGCUAAAAUGUAGCCUAAAGAAUAAGUAUCAAUGCGUGUUUGAAGGAAUUGCAAAACAAGGAGACUCUACACUUCUAAAAAACAUCUACACAGAUCUCUAUAUCACUCAGGGUUGUAGUGAACAGGUCAAUAUUGAACAUGAGGUAAGACAGAUUGAAGUUACUUCCAGGCGUCAUGAAUCACAAGAGAUACCAGUUGAAUGCACAAAGCUGUUUGAAGCACCUGAAAAAGACAAGCAGAUCAGAACUGUACUGACAAAAGGAGUUGCUGGCAUCGGAAAAUCAAUCUCGGUCCAGAAGUUUAUUAUGGACUGGGCUGAAGGAAAAGAAAAUCAAGAUAUCAGUUUUAUGUUUCCUCUUCCAUUCAGAGAGAUGAACCUAAAGGAGACAGAAAAACUAAGUUUAAUGGACCUUAUAACUCAGUUUUUUCCAGAGACUAAAGGACUUAACCUUACAAGAAGAAAUAGAUUUAAAGUCCUGUUCAUCCUUGAUGGACUGGAUGAAUGUCGUCUUCCUCUUAACUUUGGUGGUAAUGUGACACGGGCUGAUAUAUUAUCACCAUCCUCUCUGGAUGUUCUCCUGACGAACCUCGUCAAUGGAAAUCUUCUUCCUUCUGCUCUCAUCUGGAUCACCACCAGACCAGCAGCUGCCAGUAAGAUUCCUCCUGACUAUAUAGACCGGCUGACAGAGAUACGAGGAUUCAGUGAUACACAAAAGGUGGAGUACUUCAAAAAAAGAUUCACAGAUGAGAAUCAGGCCAAAGAAAUUAUUGAUCAUGUAAAAAAAUCCAAGAGUCUAUUUAUCAUGUGCCACAUUCCAGUCUUCUGCUGGAUUUCAGCGACAGUUUUUCAAAACAUUUUAGAGGAGAAAAGAAAAAACCUGAAAAACAAUGAGGCUGGUGACUCCUCUAAAACACUGCAGGAAUCAAACGCUGAAGACACUCCCAAGACUCUGACACAAAUGUACACACACUUUCUAUGCUUUCAGAUCCAGCAGAGCAGAAAAAAGUAUGAUGGAGAAUACACACCAGAUGUCUCCUGGGAUAAAGAUGCCAUCCUUUCAUUGGGGAAACUGGCAUUUCAUCAGCUGGAAAAAAACAACCUGAUCUUCUAUGACACAGAUCUGGAAGCCUGUGGUAUUAAUGCCUCUAAAGCAUCAGUGUAUUCAAGCAUGUGUACCCAGAUCUUUAAGGAGGAAAGAGGGAUCAUCGUUGGCACCAUGUACUGUUUUGUUCACUUGAGCAUUCAAGAGUUUAUCGCAGCCCUUUAUGCACAUCUUUUUCUAGACAAAAACAAAACAAGUGUAUUUGCUCAAGAUUCUACAGAACAGGCAAACAAAAAUGAAGCCAUGGUUGAUUUGCUCAAGACUGCAGUGGACAAGGCACUUGAGAGUGACAAUGGACAUCUGGACCUUUUCCUUCGUUUCUUUCUCGCUCUGUCACUCCAGUCCAAUCGACAACUCUUACGAGGACUGUUGACACAGCAAGACUGCAAUGAACAGGACUACAAGGAAAUAGUUCAGUACAUCAAGCUGAAAUUAGAAGAUAAUCCGUCUCCAGAGAGAUCCAUUAAUCUGCUUUACUGUCUGAAUGAAAUGAAUGACCAAACUCUGGUGGAAGAAAUUCAGAACCAUCUUAGCAAAGGAAGUCUCUCAUCUGGUGACCUCUCACCUUCUCAGUGGUCUGCUUUGGCUUUUGUGUUGUUGACAUCAGAGGAGGAGCUGGAGGAGUUUGAACUUCAGAAAUUCAAGAAAUCAGAUGAGUGUCUCAUUAGACUAUCAUCUGUCAUCAGAACCUCCAAAAGAGCUCUACUAAAUGAUUGUAACUUAACAGAAAAAAGCUGUCCAGCUCUUGCUACACUUCUUGGAUCAGAUAACAGUCUGAAAGAGCUGAACAUAAACAAUAAUAAUCUGCAAGAUUCAGGAGUGAAGAAAAUCUGCAGUGGACUGAAGAUGUUAAAGUGUGAAUUGGAGAUACUGAGACUUUCAAACUGCAGUUUCACUGAAGAAGGUUAUAAAGCUCUGGCUUUAGCUCUGAGAUCAAACCCUUCACACCUGAUAGAGCUAGAUCUGGCAGGAAAUGAUCCUCGACAAUCAGGAGUGAAUCAGCUCACUAAUGUGCUCAAGAAUGGAUACUGUAAAUUAAAGAUACUCAGGCUAAAUGAUUGUAAUUUAACAGACAAAUGCUGCUCAGUUCUGUCUAAACUUCUUGGAUCAGAAACUAACCUGAAAGAGCUGAACAUGAACAAUAAUAAUCUGCAGGAUUCAGGGGUGACUUAUCUCUGUACUGGACUGAAGAAUAAGAAGUGCAAAUUAGAGAUACUGAGGCUUUGUAAGUGUGACCUGACAGAGAAAAGCUGUUCAGAUCUUGCUUCAGUUCUCAAUUCAGACUCUAGCAGUCUGAAGGAUCUUGACCUGAGCAACAACGAUCUGCAUGAUUCAGGAGUAAAGCUGCUCUCUGAAGGACUGAGAGAGAAAUGUAAACUACAGAAACUCAGUCAUCAGUUUUGA